AUGAUCUCGUUUAAGUCAAGUUUCUCGUUUCGAAAGAACGAGUUGGGGUUGUGGACCAAGCAGUUUUGGUGGCGCCAAAGACAAGCACUAAAUGCGUUAAACGGGGAUGAUGAUGCUGUUUCGCUAGAGGUCUUUACACUAACGCCUUCAACGUCCUCCAAGGUUCACGACGACACCUAG